CCGGGAAACUCGACCGGCCGACCGGCCCAACUCGGUACCACUAGUCUAUUGUCAACGGGAGGGGGGGGGCUAGUGAAUUGUCCGACUGGGCCAGGCGUGGCUUCUUUCAGAUGGGUGUGGUCAUUUAUGAGAGGUUUUAUUUCUAAAGUUGUUGCUGAAUGAACCUUGACUCAAAGGAGAAUAAGUGUUACUCCGAGAGGUAUGGGCAUAAAGUGAAGGGCCUGGGUCUUUCUUUUCAAUUUACCACUAAGGUUGAAGGUCUCUGAGGAAGGCAGCCCCGUGAUCAAGAAAAAUGGGCCUCAUUCAACUGCUGAAAUCACAGUUCCUGAUUCACCUCAUCUUCUACUAUGUGUUCCUGGCCAGCGGCCUCAUUGUCAACCUGUUGCAGUUCUGUACUCUCCCUCUGUGGCUGGUCAGUAAGAAGCUGGCCCGCAAGAUCAACAUCAGACUGUGCUACUGCAUCAGCAGCCAGAUGGUAGUGGCCCUGGAGUGGUGGUCUGGGACUGAAUGCACGCUCUACACAGACCCAAAGAGUUAUCCACUGUAUGGAAAUGAGAAUGCAAUUGCGGUUCUGAAUCACUGUUCUGAAAUCGACUUCCUGUGUGGCUGGACAUUUUGUGAAAGAUUUGGAGUACUUGGGAGCUCAAAAGUGUUAGCCAAACAAGAGUUGAGGUAUUUACCUAUUAUUGGCUGGAUGUGGUACUUCCUGGAGAUCGUUUUCUGCAAGAGGAAGUGGGAAGAGGACCGGAGGACAGUGGCUGAAAGUCUUCAGAACCUCCAUGAUUACCCGGAAAACUUUUGGUUCUUGCUUUUCUGUGAAGGAACACGCUUUACACCAAAGAAGCACGAGGUCAGCAUGCAGGUGGCCGAGAGCAAAGGUUUACCCAAACUGAAGUAUCAUCUUCUACCCAGGACCAAAGGAUUCUGGGUAACUGUUCAGAACCUCAGAGGAACUGCUGCAGCUGUGUACGAUUGCACACUGAACUUCAGAAACAAAGAAGCGCCAACCUUACUUGAUAUUCUUAACGGAAAGAAAUAUCACGCAGACUUAUAUGUGAGGAGGAUCCCUCUGGAGUUGAUCCCAGAAGGUGAGGCAGAGUGUGCUGCGUGGCUCCACAAACUCUACCAGGAGAAGGUAAGAGACUUCGCUCCUCAGGCAGAAUACCUGUGGCCCCCUGACACGUCCGACUGUCAGGGAAACACCGGGGGGGCUUUCUGGAGACACCUGCUCUGCGGCACUCUGGGGCCCUCGCAUGAGUCCUGA